AUGGAUCACAAAGGCCUCUGGGAACCGGAGAUACCGGAAAAGAUGGAACGCUACAGGAUUAAGGAAGUAGGAGACAAUAUACGGGGAUGGGCACUCAUAUUCCACCACGAAAUGUUCGAUCCGAAACUUCGCCUCCCUCCUCGCCCUGGAGUGCAAAUUGAUGUGGAUAAUUUGAGACGCGUUUUCAAGAACCGAGGAUUCGUCGUGAAGGAAUACAAAGACUUCAGCUACGAAAGCAUGAAACAAGAACUAAGAAAAAUCGCUCAUUCACAAGAACUCACGGAUCAUGAUUGCCUCAUUCUGUGCUUCCUGUCUCAUGGGAAGGAAGGAGGAAUUCUCUACACCAACAAUAAGGAAUUCAACGAGGAGGAACUGUGGAGCUCGUUCUACGGGAGUGAAUGUAAAGCUCUACUUCAUAAACCAAAGCUCUUCUUUAUUCAGGCAUGCAGAGGGGGCAAUUUCGACAGUGGAGAAAAGGGGAACGUGAUAAGCAAUGACGGCAAGGGUGACACCCAUGAUGGCAUUGAGCAGAAAGAUUAUGAAUAUCACCUUCCCACCCAUGCCAAUAUUCUCAUUGCUCACGCCACUUACGAAGGCCAUGUUGCAUGGAAGAACGAGGAUUUGGGGUCCUAUUACAUCCAUACCUUGUGUCAAGUCUUCGAGAAGCAUUCUGAGACUCUUGACGUAAUGAGGAUGCUCACAAUGGUGGCAGGGGUCAUGGCUAAGAGUUUCCAGUCCAAAAAUCCUGACACAAAGUACCACGAAAAGAAGCAAAUGCCGACCAUACGAAGCACGCUAACCGGAGAACUUUGCCUGAAACCAAAAGCACAAGCGUAACAGAGUUUGAUUCCAACUGUUACAUAAUGAGCUACCCCAAUCGCAUCCGUUCUCGCAGAAUUCAAGUUACCUUGAUUCCAUUUUCGGUGACUGUUGAACAUUGUGG